GCUAUUUAGUGGAGGAUGGCCUUGAACUACCGAUCUUCAGGCCUCUGUUUCCAAAUCUGGGGUCCCAGGCCUGCCUCACCACUUCCGGCACUGGCUGCUGUCAACAGCAGCGUGGUGUGGGCCUGGCUCUUGUUCUUUUCUCAAGAAAUACGUGCGGGAAGAAGAGAGGCACCAGAAGCCUAAGACUGGGAACUCCACUUGCUCUUUCUAAAAAACAAACAAACAAAAAAAUGGUUUAUUUUUUGUCGGAGGAAAAAUACCGAGCCUGGAGCCCGGGUGUGCACCAAGCCAAGUGGAAGCGGAGACACACCCUCCUGUCACCGCCCCAGUUGGCGGGGCGGGCUGAGCUCUGGCGUCUGGAGGAUGAGUCGCUGAUGCCAGGAGCUCCGGCCAGGCAGGAGGAUGCUCCUGAGCCGGCUCUACCUGGGACGGUCGCGGCUGCUGCCGACGAUUCGAGCCCACGAUCAUGCAUGUCCGAGGCCACUGUCACCCACACCCCAGGUGCCAAGACAGAUGCCCUACUACCUCUGGAUCUAAGGCCUGGCACCCAGAGCGGAUCUUUACAGAACUCUCCUGUGGCUCACCAGCCGAGCAAAAGUUGCGGAGUGAGGCCUAUCCUGUCUUCACUGCAGACUGUGGACAGGAAACUGUUCAUCGCGUUCAUUGCCGAAUAGUAUUUAUUAUGGUUUUAUUUAUGAAACUGUAUGGAAACCCAAAAUAUUACCAAGCACUCUAUUAUGGAACAGCGUUGCCACCUGAUGAAAUAACAGUCAGUUAUCGACACGGCCUUCCCUUGGUGACCCUGACUCUGCCAUCCAGAAGAGAGCGUUGUCAGUUUGUCGUCAAGCCGAUGGUGUCAACAGUUGGCUCCUUCCUUCGGGACUUACACAAUGAAGACAAAGGCAUCAAAGCUGCGGCCAUCACCACAGCAGAAGGCAGUGAGAUUCCAGCCUCAACGUUGAUGGACACUUUGCUAAUGAAAGAUUUUAAACUCAUCAUUAACGAACUAGCCUAUGAUGUUCGGUGUCACAAGAAAGAAAAACCAAGUGCCGAGUGCACGAUUGAGAUGGAAAACAUGAAAUCUCUGGUUCACAGACUAUUUACAGUCCUGCACUUAGAGGAAUUUCAGAAGAGAAGAGAGCGUCACCUGAUGGCAAAGAUUGACCACCUGAAGGAACAGCUGCAGCCCCUGGAGCAGGUCAAAGCUGGAAUAGAAGCUCGAUCAGAAGCCAAAACCAGCGGACUCCUGUGGGCCGGCUUAGCCCUGCUUUCCGUGCAGGGAGGGGCACUGGCCUGGCUUACGUGGUGGGUGUACUCCUGGGAUAUCAUGGAACCAGUCACCUUCUUCCUUACGUUUGCAAAUUCCAUGGUCUUUUUUGCGUACUUCAUCAUAACCCGACAGAACUACACCUACUCUUCCCUUCGGAGCAGGCAGUUUCUUCAGUUCUUCCACAAGAAAUCGCAGCAGCAGUGCUUUGAUGUGGAGCAAUACAACAAGCUAAAGGAGGACCUCGCGGAGGCCACAGAAUCCCUGGAGACCGUGCGCCACGCCCUCCAUUUGCGACUGCCGGGAGAGGAGCUCAAGGAGAAGAAUUAGUCCCAUGUUUUUAAGCAUCCCGGGCCACGUGCCUCUUUUGUAACUUACCAACCGGACAUUUUUAAGGUCGUGUUCAUUUCCAUUUGACAGCUUCAGAUGUUGUUUGGCUAAUAAACGUGUGUGGAGCAGAGUACUCUGCCCUUCUCACAUGA